AUGGGCCCGAGGCAACGCAGUGCGGCUGAGGCCUCAAAUCAACUUUCGAGGAAUUUACCAGGCAACAAGCACCUUUUGUCAAGUUUUAAUAAAGAAGAAGAUAUCAACCGUCCACCUUCCAGCUCGGACGAGGACGAAUCGGACAGAGAGGGACAGGGCGAGGAUUCAGAUCUUCCCACCUAUAGCUUCAAACAGCAAGAUAGCUCCCACGACCAAAGGCUUCGGAGCCAUGCCAGAGACGGAUCCAACGCGCGAAAGCCCCUCGCAAGGACAUCGUCCAAAAUGGAAGAGUCUGACGAUGACGAUAUCUUUUUUGGAGGAAUGGGUUCACAGAGCAAGGCGAAAAGACUGAAACACCAUUACGACAAGCCAACGAGAGUCAGGGUCCCAAAGGCAUACCCACUGAGCGCUCAAGAGAAAUACACGAAGAUCAAGAACAAUGGCAGGACACCGGAGAAGGGAGCAAAAAAUGACGAACUGGAGGAGUCAGAAGAAGAAAUGCAAUUCAAAAUGCCCGCAAGCAUGGAGGAAUUCGAACAACAACCGCCACCAUUCAAAGUGCCCCCCAGCUCUGCACCGUCCUCCCUGUUAGACGAGCUUUCUUCCUCUGAGCCCGAAGCCCCUGCCGUAUGUCCCAUGUGCAAGGCCGAGGUUGAUCCGAAGCUGUUGAAGAAAUUUCAAGCGCAGCCUAACCAGCGCAUCCGCCAGCAACGAGAAUUCUGUGCUUCUCAUCGAAACGAUUCCGCUGCUGGCGACUACAAAGCCCAAGGCUAUCCGGAAAUUCAUUGGGAAACCUUUGGUGAGCGAGUGCAACAGUUCUUCCCCGCUCUGGAAAAGCUUGUCAAACCCGAUGCACCCUCCUAUUAUCGUAAUUUGUUGGAUACAGCGCAGAAGGCCGGGAAGACUCUCCAGCCUUCUCUGGAGGGGGAUGACAUCGAACGCAUCUCUUGCGGGUACUACGGCCCCAAAGGAGGGCAGAAGAUGCUGGAUGCCAUCAUGGGCCGAUUUGCUGUGAGCCUCCGCCGGCUUGCCAAACAGGACUCUUUAGUCACGAAGACUGGCGUUGUCCGUUAUGCCCAGUCUGUGCUCGUCCCUGAGCUCACGGUUCUGCUCAUAAAAGAUGACAUGGAUGUCAGCGAAGAUGCAGCCCGAGAGAUUAUGCGGGAUAGCAUUGAUAUCGGGUUGAUGGUCAACGCGCAGGUCGACAUUGUCCCUAUUGAUGAGCCAGCUCUGUCCGAAGCCAGUGGGAGUGAAUUAUCCGAGGAGCCGUCUGAUGAAGAUGAAUUUGUAGAGUAA